UCUUGAGAGCUAUGCCGGAGAGAAACCUGGGCAGGACGCGACCCAGCGGAGGGCAGAGCUGGGAGAGAACCUGGGGAGGGCGAGCGAGGCGAGAACCAUCUGAAUCGCUAGUUUCUCUCUAGCGAGAAAACUUUCCCUGGAACGCUGGAAACUUUUUCCUGAGCGCGCGGAGUCUGGGACGGAGGCGAGCGGCGGGAGUGCGCGGCUCGGCUCGGCUCGGGUGACUCACGCUGCGGACCCUAAGGGGGUGUUGGCUGAGAGUAAGGUUUGAAGACACCCCAGCAGCAGCAUUGAGAGAAGCCUUUCCUGUGGGUGGCCAGAAGCUUCUGGUCCUCAAGACGCAGCUCAGUCCUCACCUGGACUUAUGACCCGCGGCCUUGCUCCCCUCCUGCCCAUUGAGUUCCACAAGAUGGGCUCCUUCCGCCGGCCUAGACCACGAUUUAUGAGCUCCCCGGUACUCAGUGAGCUGCCCCGCUUUCAGGCUGCCCGCCAGGCUCUGCAGCUAAGUUCCAACUCUGCCUGGAACAGUGUGCAGACGGCUGUGAUCAACGUUUUCAAAGGGGGCGGCUUGCAGAGCAAUGAGCUGUAUGCACUGAAUGAAAGCAUCAGGCGGCUGCUCAAGAGUGAACUUGGAUCAUUCAUUACUGAUUAUUUUCAGAACCAGCUUCUUGCAAAAGGACUGUCCUUUGUGGAGGAGAAGAUCAAGCUGUGUGAAGGUGACAAUCGCAUUGAGGUUCUGGCUGACGUCUGGGACCACUUCUUCACUGAGACUCUCCCUACCCUGCAGGCAAUAUUUUACCCAGUUCAGGGACAGGAGCUGACCAUUCGCCAGAUCUCUCUGCUGGGCUUCCGGGACCUGGUCUUACUGAAGGUGAAGCUGGGUGACUUGCUGCUGUUGGCACAGUCCAAGUUGCCUUCUUCUGUUAUCCAAAUGCUGCUCAUUCUGCAGAGUGUUCACGAGCCCACAGGCCCAAGUGAGGGCUAUUUGCAGCUGGAGGAGCUGGUGAAGCAAGUGGUAUCUCCUUUCCUUGGCAUCAGCGGGGAUCGCAGCUGCUCAGGCCCAACAUAUUCACUGGCCAGGAGGCAUUCCAGGGUCCGGCCCAAGGUGACUGUCCUGAACUAUGCCUCACUGAUGACCACGGUUGGCCGGCCACUGAAUGAGAUGGUUUUGACCCCUCUAACAGAACAGGAAGGGGAGGCAUACCUGGAGAAGUGUGGCAGUGUCCGGCGGCACACAGUGGCCAAUGCCCACUCGGACAUCCAGCUGCUGGCUAUGGCCACCAUGAUGCACUCAGGGUUGGGGGAGGAGGCAGGCAGCGAGGACAAACACCUGCUCCUGCCACCCAGCUUCCCACCACCACACCGCCAGUGCUCCAGUGAGCCCAACAUCCUCGACAGUCCUGAUGAACUGGAACUAGAAGAUGUAGCGAGUGGCAGCCAGGAGGACUCAGAGCUGAACUGUGCUUCCCUCAGCUGAGCCACCACCACCUCCAGGGACCGAUUCCUACUUUGUAGCUAGGAUGAAGACACCCUUCCUCCUCCGUGGAUCACCAAGGGGCUCUUGCAUUGGGCAGUAUUGCCUUAUUUCCUUUAGGGCACAAGCCAUGUCUUCAUGCCCUUGGGAAACACCUGUCGACCUCCCCACACUGGUGUCUGUGAUCAGCUCCUCAUGCCACUGUUCUCCUGACUUCCAGCCUUGCCCUUUUCACCUGGAUCCUCAUCUCUAGGUCUUCCCCAUCCUAUUGGACUGGCUAAUGCUCCUAGUUAUAUAAUGCUCUGACAUUAUAGCAGAAGGUUGGACUACCACACACAAGCAUCUGAAAUGUGCCAGCUUCUGCAGUUCCCAUUAUGAUCUUAUGAGACAGAAGCCAAUGGUUGGAAAGAACAGUUAGAGGUUCUGUAUAGCAUGGAAGUCAACUGCAGCCCAUAUCACACAUGGUCCUGGGAAUGUGCCCUCUUCGUUUUAAUUGCAGAGUUACUGGGAAAUCAUUCUCCUACUUGUGGGCGGGGAUUCAUCUCUUACGUAUGUCCAGAUGUCAUGUGCUGUCUACAUCACAGGCUUUGGCCUAGGAGAACCUACCAGGCUGGCAUAGCCCUAUCUUGCAUUAAGCCUCUCAGCAUUUCUGUCUCAGGCUUCUUCCCAGACUCUGGGAAUGAACCUUCUCAGUCACUGGUGCCUUACUUUUGCUCCAGUUUCAGGAACCGAUCACUUUUCUGUUGUGUGUAUGAGAGGCUGGCUGACAGCAGCUGACCUAGACUGUACCUGGAUUUCACUUGAAUUUGUAAAAUGUGUAUUGCUCAAAAAAAAAAAAAAAAAGUUUGCAAAUAUUUGCACAUAGGAUCUUGCACUGUUAUUUCCAGUGGCGUGUGUUUGCAGACUAAACACAAGUGGACCCCUUCAAAAGGCAAUGGGAUAAGCUCAGAACAAAAGGAUCAGGAGUGGGCAGGACUCACAUACCUCAGAGCUCUGGAGGAGCCGGGACUGUGUCUGGAAUGGCCUGUGCUGUUAGUGUCUUGGCUUCUAGGGAAGGUUGUGCUGGGCUUAGGAAACUGCCUCUCGAGCAGGGAAGUGUGGUGACUGGACUGUGUCUCCUUUACAGCAGACAGAGAUAGGGACAUGGACACGCUUUCCUUGGAGGGAUGUUUAUUCCCUGAGAUUACAGAAGUACCCAGAAGUGUCUGGGAUCCCUGUCACAUCUGUCUCAUGUUAUUAUUUGAGGCAGCAGACUUUGUUACUAUGCUAAGUCCUCACUGCUGCUUUCUCCAGGCUGGGGAAAGGAAACUUUGUCUACGCUGAGUCCCUGGCUUCUUCUUUAUAGUUAUCUGUUGGUCUCGAUAAUGGAAGCUCAGAAAAAUAUAGAAGGUGUCUCCUGACUCUGCUUGUGGUGUCUCCUGACUCUGCUUGUGGUGUCUGCUGGCCUUUCUGGAUCUGCUGGUCAGCCUUUGAAAUUUUUGUUGAUGAAAUGUCAAUACAUAAGGUGCCAACAGAAGGGGCACUUCAAGCUCUUCUAAGCCUCUAUGGUGUCUCCCUCCUGGGCAAAGAUCUGAAAUCUGACUACAGCUGUGCUGUUGAUGGGUUCUGCUUUAGAAAUUGUAUUUUAAAAAAUGUUUUAAAUUUGUCCUUCUAAGAGAUAAUGAAGAAAGAGAAAUGUCUGCAUGUGUGCACACACUGCUUAUGCAGUUGCACACACGCUUGUACCCAUACGUGUGCAUACACACUCCACAUACACAAAAAGAAAUGUUCAGAUUCUUUUGAGAAUUUCAAACAAAAAUUAAUCUCUCUGUAUGUGGUGUCUAAAGUCUACAAGUUGGGGGCUGGAGAAGUGGCUUGGUGUUCAAGAGCACUUGCUGCUCUCGCAGAAGGUCCAGAGAUGUGAUUUAGUUCCUAGAACAUCAGACAGCUCACAACCACAUGCCUAUAACUCUAGUCCCAGAGAUUCUGAUGCUCUUUUCUAUCCUCUGAGGACAUCUACACACACACACACACACACACACACACACACACACACACACACACACACUAUUUUUUUAAACUCCAUAAGUUAUUAACAUAUGUUAGCAGGCAAAGCAUUCCAGUUUAUUUGACUUAACUGAUGGCUAGGUUCUUGUUAGUACACCAAGCACACACUUGAGAUUAUUUAUUGAUUGAGGCAAAGUAAUUAGUCAUGUUUGGGUUUGCUUUUUUCCAUUGAUAAGAUUAACAAUGCAUGCUUUUUAAAUGCCUUUUUCCUUAUCUUCGAUGUCUCUGUCAAGGACAGAAGUUGUCAGUUUAAUAGAUGCGCUCUUGUAUUGGAAGUGUACAGGCUGUAGAACUUCAUUGCUGCUGACUUUACACAGUUUACAAGUUUCUCUUUGGAUAACCUCGUAUUGUUACAAAAAUGUCUGAGAUCAUACACAUAAACAUUUUAGGGAUAUUUGUGGGCAUUUUAGCCAUCAGGACUUUUGGAAGAGUGUCACCCAUAGCAGUUUUAACCAAAUUUCAUUCUCCUGUUACCAUGGAGACUCAUCUUGCUGUUUAAUGCAAGGAUUUCCUUAAGCUGAAUGUUAGUGACAGGGAAUAAUUCCAGAUCUGGGCUCUGCGGGAAAUCACAAACUAAACUCUUUUCCGAUUGUCUGUUUUCAAAUAGAUACAAUAAACAUUGUUUAUGUCA